AUGAACAGCCACGAAACGAUACGAUUGAUCGAGGCCUUCGACCUGAGCCAGUCCACCCGUUGCGUGACCAUCCCCAACCAGAUGAAGGUGUGUCAAGAUGUGGGCUACUCAGAGAUGCGCCUCCCCAACUUCUUGGGCCACAGCAACCUUGAAGGUGAAGUGGUACCCCGCUCCGAAGACUGGAGGCCCCUGCUGCAGACGGGGUGCCACCCCCAAGCCCAGGCCUUCCUCUGCUCCCUCAUCGCUCCCGUCUGUCUUGACACGUUCAUCCAGCCCUGUCGGAGUCUGUGCGUGGCCGUGAGGGACAGCUGUGCCCCCGUGCUCGCAUGCCAGGGGCACCCUUGGCCCCAAGCACUUGACUGCGAACGUUUCCCCUCCGAGGAAGACAUGUGCCUCUCUCCGCAUGCCAAAUUCAGCCAUUUUGCUAAAGACUUUCCCAAAGCAGCUUGUCAAAACUGUCCCAUGGUGGAAGAAGCUCCGGCUAUGAAAACAGUCCUGGAUGCUUUUUGCCAACAUGACUUUGCUGUUACCGCUAAACUGCACCACCGCCGCCGCUUCCUGACGGGCGAGCCCGCGUUUGAAGUCGAGGGCCGCGUGGAGUUCAUCCGCCAGGGCCCGCUGUUACCCUACGACACCCACCUUCUGCUGCGCCAGUGGCUGCUCAUCAACGUGCGCUGCGCCGACGCGCUGGUGCGGCCCGGACGUUCACAGCUCUACGUGCUGACCGGCUCUGUGCUCCCCGACGGUACCCUCGCCAUCGCCCGCCUCUUCCCUUGGCACAAGAAGGACGCCAACAUC